CAAAUUGAGACUAUCUCUCUGACUCCCUCCCAGUGGUUGGUUGGUCGGUGCUCUCUAUUUGCCCUGAACAAUUUUGAAUUUUCCCCCACCAAUCACAUCUAGUCGCAUUUCAUCCUCUAGGAAAUUUCUCCAUGCCACCCUUUCUAAUGCAAGCAAUUGUCCCCAAAACUCAAAUCUAGCUAAAUUGUGGGAAGAAGCAUAGAGGCCGCCAAAAUGGCUUUCAGUAAAUCCAGCUCAGACCGGUCCACCGUUCCCUAUCGCCCAGCGAACAAGGAACGUCGCCGGAACAUCCACCUCCGCCAGCUACGGGAGAAGGAAGCGGAGAAGCGAAAGGAACGGUUUCGCCGCAAGAAAGAGGAGGAUAAGAACCCGGCACUGCGGGAGGCGCGGAGAGCCAAAAAUGUUCCCAUCACGAUCGAUAAGAAGCGGGUGUGGGACGAUGUCGGUUCGGAUGAGGAGAAUAUCUUGGGGUUGAGCGUGGAUGUGGAGAGGCUGAAGCGACGGAAGGUGGAGGAGGAGGAGGAGGCUCAGAACCUGGAAGGAUUGGAGGAUAAGGACGGAAACGAAUGGGAAGAUGAGGAGGCUGCGGAGGAGGACGAUGAUCGAGACAGUAUGCUCGACGAGGAUUCGGAAGCAGAGGAUCUCGAGGAUUUAGAAGACGACGCAAUACCCUCCAAGGCAAAAGCGAAGAAGGCAACAGAACCCACCGAAGAAUCAGAGCGGACAAGACAUACCAGUCCCUCCGGAUCGACCACCAGCACCAAAUUCGACCUCGUCCCCGAAGCGCUCUCCACCAAAUUCCCAACCCUCUUUACUGCCCCCACCGAACCCAAAGUCCUCAUCACCACCUCCAUCAAUAGCACUCUCCACGACGAAGCCCGCCUCCUCACCACGCUCUUCCCCAACAGCACCUACAUCCGCCGCACGGAGCACCGCUACGGCCACAAAUACUCCGUCCGAGAAAUCGCCAAGUUCGCAGCCAACCGCGACUACACCACCGUCAUGGUGAUGAUGGAGGAUCAGAAAGUCCCGUGCGGCCUCACGGUCGUGCACCUCCCCGAGGGCCCGACGUUCCACUUCAGCAUCAGCAACUGGAUGGAGGGCAAGAAGCUCCCCGGGCACGGCAACCCGACCAACCACCACCCGGAGCUGAUACUCAACAACUUCCGCACCCCGCUGGGCAUGCUGACAGCGCAGCUGUUCCGCACGCUGUUCCCGGUGUCACCCGAGCUGCAGGGGCGGCAGGUGGUGACGCUGCACAAUCAGCGGGACUACAUCUUCGUGCGGCGGCAUCGGUACGUGUUUCGGGACAAGCGGAAGACGGAGAAGAGCGUGAUCGGGACGGAUGGGAAGCCGGUGCAGGGAGUGGAGGAGAUACGGGCGGGGUUGCAGGAGUUGGGGCCGCGAUUGACGUUGAAGUUGAGGAGGGUGGAUAAGGGGAUCCAGAGGGCGAGUGGGCAGGAGUGGGAGUGGAAGGCGCAUUCGGAGAGGGUGAGGACGAGGUUUGGGAUGUAGUUGUUUGUUUGGAC